UAGGUCUCCAUGUGAGUAUGUUGUGAGUCGCGCUUGUGUUCCAAACAAAUGUCACAAACGAAAUUAAUUCAAAAUUAUGGCGAGUGCCGAGAUGUUAUUCACGCAUUUAUUGGUCCUAUUACUUAUUAGUGGCACUGGCGCAUUGAAAUUGAACGUAGCACGAAUUCUUCUACCAGUUUUUGAUGAUAUUUCCACAAAUUUUACCCUGCAUACCACGGACGAUAACUGCUUAAAAUGGACUACAACUCGAGACGACAUUGUAAAACUAACGCCUUUGCAAUACAAUCCAUCAAUGAACUGUGCUCCAAGUGUAGUUAUAUCCACCAAUACCAAAGAUCGAUGCAGGCAGUUGGCUGACAUUUUCGCAGAAGAUCCUGUGACUAUGCAAAUGGUGCGAUGUGUUGUUAUUUUUGAUGUCAUUCAUUCUCUGGCAAUUACGACUAAGACAAAAGAGUUGAUUCUAGAGGAAGCCCCUGAGAUUUUUGAUGUUAGAGCUUAUGAUAAUCAAGGAAAUGAAUUCAGCACUCUAGCAGGUGUACCUCUCCAUUGGUUCAUAUCACCUCUAGGUGCAGUAAGUGACAUGCCAGUCAUAAAGUUAACGCCCUUUAAAGAUUCUUCAUAUGAAACUCCGGAAUCGUUAGUUGAUUUAGAAGAAAGAGGCCUAUGGGGAGAUAAAGUGUUAAUUGAGGGCUUUAAAACUGGCAUAUCCAAGGUAUCUGUAAAGCUAUCACAGAAGGAGUAUGAGAAUGUAAAGAGUAACGACAUUGUUUUGAGUGUCGUUGCAAAUCUUGUGGUGCUUCCACCUGAGGUGUACAUAAUGGUUGGUGAUGUAGUCAAAUUCAAAGUGAUUCAGACCAGCUAUGGUAAAAUGGAAGAGAUAGAUCUUAGCAAGUCUCAAUAUUAUCUUAAAGUUGUCAACACGGACGUGGCUAGCAAUGAAUUCGAACCGGGCGUUGUUAAAGGUCUUGCCCUUGGUGAAACCAAACUAUAUUUGCAUGAUAAUAAUAUUGCAAUUACCCAAGACUCCGAUGUUCUUUUGCCAAUGCCUAGUGCCACUAUUAAAGUGGUUCAACCUGCCUACUUGCUCCUAAAUUUACAACCGUACAAAAACUGGAUAACUGUUGUCUCCGAAAAACACGAUAUUGUUGCGGAAAUAUAUACAGAAGAUGACCGAAAAUUAACCCUCGGGCCCGGUUUUAAUAUCCAUACCACAAUCGGCGAAGCGUUCCACGUUCAGGAGCGCGCUUCCAAUGGCAGCUGGCAAACAGGUUGGACCGAAUUAGAGGGUACAGCAUGGGUUACGGCUAUUUUGGAUUGCGUUACUCCGCCGUUGCAAGCUUCAGGUGAAAUUAUAAUCUAUCCUAGAAUAGUCCUUACCCCGUCGGAGGUGAUUUUACCUUGGGAUCCAGUUGCCAGACCAAAGUAUGAUAUCGAUUUGAAGGCGAUCGGAGGUGACGGGAAGUUUCUUUGGAGCAGCACGAACCAUUCCGUUGGAAUUGUUACGCAGUUUGGAAGGGUCCACACGCACAACAUGGGAUCUUUUGAGGUAUCUGCGGCCAUGCAGAAGAAUCACAACAUUAGGGAAAUUGCAAAGUUCAACAUUUUACCACCUUCGAAACUUGAAAUUGUCGAAUUUGUCAUGGAAUCCGAAAUAGGAACGAUAAUUUUUCUACAUGUAGCGCUGUACGUAGAGAAAGACGGACAUGAUACCGUACCUGGUUCGCAAAUUCCUGUAACUAGCUGUCAGGAUCUUAACUUCAAAGUACGCACAACUGACCCUAAAUUUACAUAUCGCAAAAACUCAUUCAUCGAAGCUAUUGGCUCUGCAUGCGGUAACAUAGCGAUCUACAGCAGCGAAGUUGGUACCGGAAAGGUUACAAUUAGUUAUCAACUAGGCGAAACUAUUCUGCAAGACAGUGUCACGCUUACAUUCUUUAAACCUUUAAAACUACUGCAACCAACUGGAACAAUUAUAUUGGCAGUAGGUUCUGCCACAAAUUUGAUAUUUACUGGUGGCCCUCGUAGUCGGUCAGGUUUACAACACGUUGAAAUCGAGACUUCCGGAGAGGAGUUUGUUGAAACAAUGGAUGUAUCUUCUCGUCAUCAAAUGCCAUCUGAUGACGAAUACACUGUUGUUCAUGUCUUGUGUCGCAAGUUAGGUCAAAGUAACAUUACGCUCUCGAUUGUUAACCCUCCACUAAUACCGAAUUGUCGCAACCGAGAAGCGUUUACCACAGUGCUGGUCAUCUGUGGCAAACCAAGAAAGAUUGAAAUCCAACCAGAAAUUAAAGUUGCGGAUGCCACUUCUUGUCCUAUGGAUCUAAGCUCCGAACGAGUUGUAGUACAAAGCGGUCAGGAAAUUGAACUCAUUAUCAGAGUUCUGGACAGUGAAGGACGAGCAUUCAUGAAUUUUUCCAGUUUGAGUUUUGUAUUUGACACGAUACCCACUGAAAAAGCGGAGGUUGGAGAACCAUCGUCUGUAUAUGAAAAUACUGGUAUAAUAGGUACAGCUGUAUUUGCCAAUAAGAGUUAUCAAAAAGUGACGCCUAAGAUUGACACUGGUGAAAUUCAUUUCACUGCAAGUAUUCUGGGAUAUAAUGACGAUAUACUGAAUAUAAAUAAAGUGGUUGCUGAGUGCCCUGCUUUUACUGACGAAACGGAUGAUGCAUCCACUUAUGCUCCAAUCAAUGCCUCGAUUUCAUUAUUACUGGUUGAUGACACUGUUGUGAUACCUAGUGAGGUUUCAAUCUAUAACCAUCCUUCAAACAAAGUGCAAGUUGAUAUUAAACAAGGCUCUGGUUAUUAUUCUAUAAGUAUGACGCGUGAUGAUAUCGUACAAGUUCAAUAUUUAGACAACAGUCGAACAUUGGAUAUAAUGCCCAUUUCCAAUGGAGAAGUUUCGAUAAAACUUAUUGAUUUGUGUCUUGUGAAUAAACCUGCUCAAAUUCAGGUACAUGUGGUAUCGAUCCAUUCCAUUUCUGCUGAAAUGUCUGAUAAAGUAGAGUUGGGCAAAUGCAUCACAUGCACAAUUAGCCUACAUGAUGAUUCUGGUAACAUAAUGGAAAUACCAAAUUUGGACUUGAUUGAAUUGAAUUAUAUUAUGGACAAUCCUAUAGCAACCAUUGAGCGUCUUGUUACACCAAUAUCAGUAUUGCUGCCUGGACAAUUUGAAUACGUCAUAUCAGGAACUCAGUUGGGUGACGCUAAGUUGAAUUUUUAUAUCGGUGAUCCGGACUAUGAAGGAUACAUAGCAAGCGAUCCACUGCAGCUGCAAGUUUUUCCUUCUUUGAAAGUCCAGCCGAGAGUUCUGACCCUAACAGUAGGUGCGGUCAUGCAAUACACAUGUAAAGGUGGACCCCAACCCUCAUCAGACAUGGAGUUUAAUGCUGAUGAUGAUAAAACUGCUAUGAUUUGUACGCAUGGUGUGGCUACGGGCCUGGCUGUAGGAAAAACUAAAGUUACCGCAAAGGCUAUUGGAUCUACUUUCAGUGGGCAAAAAAUUGUAUACACUGAAGAUUCGGCAGAAUUGCAAGUCAUAAAUUUGUCAAGUGUUAAAAUUACUGCUCCUGUAAAUAGGGUGAAGGUUGGUGCAAAAAUUCCUAUUUGGGCCACUGGACGUCCUGAUCAAAUCACUCCUUUGAUUCUGGCAACAAUAAAGCCGCCAAUUAUGUUUUCAUGGAGUGUGCUAGAUGCACACAUUGCCCGCAUAUAUGAUGUCAUAGAAAAUACGAAAGUAGAUGGUCCGAGUCCAAAUUUACCAUUUGUGCGCCUAAUGGGAUUGCAAGCUGGUCAUACUAUAGUAUCUUUAAACGCUACACUUAUUCGCAACAAAAGAACUACGGUAUUUACUUCAACUUUAGAAAUCGAUAUUGUCGACACGCUGCAAUUACAAGAACCAAUAGAACUUGCGGAAAAUUCAAUUUAUAUUACACCAAACUCCCAAACACAGUUGAGAACCAACGCUGAAGAUCAUGAUUAUGAGGUAUCAUAUAAACUGAUGAGUGAUACGGCAUUUAGCACUGAAGUUCAAUAUAAAAGUCCUGCAACCAUGACUCUGGCUCAUGUUACUCGAUCUGGUCUGGUUAGCACUCAUUCUAUAACUGGAACGGCCAUUAUUCUCGCUUCAUCAGUGGACGAUACCGGCACAAAACAGAAUUUGAUUAUACCUGUUGAAAUUAAACCCGUUUACUACAUGAUGUUGACGUUAGCUAGUAAUUGGAAAUUGUCAUCGCAGGGUUUGUACGCUGUUCCACUGGGCAGUGAAUUUGAUGUUGUUGUUUCAUAUUGCGAUAGUUUAGGCAAUAAACUUAUUGCAUCUGGCAUGGAAACGAAUAUUAAAGCAUCACGGAGUGAUCUCAUUACUUUACACCGAAAAUCAAACGAUACGUUUACUGUUUCAACGAGAAAGCCCGGCAUAACUGUUCUGCAGGUAAACUCGGAUUGUAAUGAAAAAGUUGUGGACUAUGUGAAGUUGAAUGUGACCCAGGUUAUCAGUCCUUACACUGACCAAUUGAUCGUUGGUGACGUCGUUUGUUACCAGACUCCUGUCACCAUGGACAUUGAGGCAAAAUGGACGUCAUCCGAUCCUACUAUUUUGCAAAUCGAUCAGAUCACUGGCAUCGCUGUUGCAGUAGCCCCUGGAAAAGCUACCAUCUUUCACAGUUACCACAUGGCGUCCCCAGUCCAAGUUACUGUUUCUCCGAUAGGAAAUAUCCAAAUUAAUGCCCACAACGCAACAUUUACUAACGCUCAGGAGUAUAAACUACAUGUGACUAUUAAUUCAAUUGAUCAUUUGCGUGAGGAUAAUUUACUAACGUCAUACGACUGCAGUGAAUAUUUCUGCUGCAUUGAUGUUCCAUCACCACUGAAAUGUAUUUUGUCUUUUGAUAAUUCGGCCAUAAUGCCAAGUUUAUUUGUGACUACGGCGCAAUUUGACGUAGAAAAGGGCAAGCAUUAUUGCAGUAUUGUGCCAACAGCGGAACUAGUGCAAAAGGGUCACAGUUUACCAAAAAGCGACGCUUAUCUUACAAUAUCGGCCGGGGGCUGUGAUUGCGUGCCAAAACAAGUUAAACUUAAUUUUGUUCCGGGCGUGCAAAAACCUGAAGAUGUGACUUUGGAUAGUAAUUCUUUUGAGGGUUUGUUAAUAAUUUAUGGUGCACCGGAAGCCUUGACGACGUUGACAGUGCGUUCAAGAGAUGAGAAUAUAUUGUGGGUUGGAGAUCGUCAACAAGAUGGUAACAAGUUAACGUUUACUAUUGCCUUAAAAAACUCUGAUAACAUGGAAUUCAAUAAGGACGUAAUGAUGUUGGAAGUUGAAGCUGAAAGUAGUGGUCAAAAUCUUCUUGUUGGUGUGAAGAUAGAAGGUGGGGAUCAGAGUGCUGGAACUUGCAGACCACCAGACAAACCACUACUAAUUGUUCUGCACAGUAAUCGCUUUAUCCUAAGUGUUAUUCUGGGAUUCAUUUGUAUGGUUACUUUAUGUACCUAUACCUAUCUACAUUACAUUCAACAACAACCCCCCAUUAACGUCAACGUAGUGCCGUGUUCUACUUCGUACUCGCCAUCGGUAACACCAUCGCGGAAUUUCGACUUAGGUAGAACCCUAGCGCCGUCCAUGACAAUAAUCGACUCGACAUCACGAACCCCACCAGAUUUAGAUAAUUCGUGUUACUGUACAAGGAGUCCCGAAGUUCGACGGAAUCGUCGAUACUUGUAAUAGAAAUAAUUGUUCGCGGCCGAGGGUAUGUGAGGUUGUACUCCCAUUUUCUGACCAUCAUCUAAUUUAAUAUUUGGCGUCCUGUUGAUAAUUUUUUUUACUCUCGAAAACGAGGGGAAUGAGAUACCAAUACUCAUUUUUCGCUCGUUGAAAAAAUUGAAUGUGCGGCCAUUAUGUUCCACAUAUGUUGGAGUACACCCAUAUCUCGCUUUACGGUCUAGAUUAUAGCGCUUGCGCAAGAUUGGCAACAUGUAUCUACACGACACGAAAUAGUUUUUUUUUUGCCGUUAUAGCGAAAUAUUUUAGGCCGUAAAUCUAAAACGUGCCUGAAUUGAAGAGGACCAUUAUAGCGAAAUGUCGUAUAAAGGGCGACUGUAUAGCGAGGUAUGGAUGUAUAUAAAUUACAAAAAGUGUUCAUUUAUAAAAUUAACCAAAAUAAACUUUAUUACUAUGUUGGGUGAGAAUGUAA